UUGAAUAUUUUUUCUGAGUAUGGCAGGAAAGAACAAGAAACCCAUUUACGAUAGCGUUAAGUUUAGUGACUCUGAGGAUGAGUUUAAGUACGAAACAAGUGACUCGGAAACAGAACUGGAUCUUUAUUUAGAAAAGCUGAAUCUUGGGCCCAAAAAGAAAUUGCUUGUUAUGAACUUGAAUGGGCUAUUGUUGCACAGAGUUCAUCUUUCUAAAAAAAGUGAAAUUCCAGAGUCUCGUGAAGCUGAUGGGAGAUAUAGAAGCUAUCUAGUUUUUAAGAGGCCAUUUAGUGAAGAAUUCAUGAAAUUCUGCUUGGAGAGAUUUGAAGUGGGUAUUUGGUCUUCGGCGAUGGAACACAAUAUAGAUGAUGCCUUAAAUUAUGCCAUUGGUGCAUCUAGAAAGAGGAUGUUAUUUAUUUGGGAUCAAGAUCAAUGUACUAAUUCUGGGUUCAAAUGUAAGGGGAAUGCUCGAAAGCCUAUAUUUUUCAAGGAGUUAAGGAAAGUAUUUGAAGAUGUAAAGAAAGGUGGUCCAUUUUCUGCUUCAAAUACUCUGUUGAUUGAUGACAAUCCCUACAAGGCUUUUUUAAAUCCUCCUAAUACAGGGAUUUUUCCUGAGUCAUAUGAUCCCCAUAAUGAUGCUGACAGAGCAUUAGAUCCAAAGGGGGAGCUAUGUUUGUUUCUGAGUCGUGUUGCUGAGGAGGCUGAUGUUCAGUCCUAUUUGAAGGAUCAUCCUUUUGGUCAAGCUCCUAUUACAUCUGGUCAUCCUGAUUGGGAAUUUUACUCCACAGUGAAACAGUCUCUUUGCCAAAAGCGUGGAUAUUGAUAUGAUUUAUAUUAUAUAUAAUUUGGAACUGGACUACUUUUUUUUUCUUUUUUUUUUUUGUAUUACCUACUUUAUUUCUCAGAUAUUAAUGUAUGUUUUUUGCAGUUUGUUAUAAUUUUUUGUUUUGAAGGUUUAAAGUUUAAACCGUUUAUUUAGUUUAUGCGAAUGAAAUGAGUAUCUUCCUUUUAA